AUGGCAAAGAGCAUCAGCGAUAGCUUCAAAGACCGUCGGACCAUCUAUGCUCUGACCAACGAAUCGACUAUCUCCGAUGAUCGAUUAGAGGAAUUACUUACCAACGUUGUUCUGCACACUCCAAGUCCCUUCAACAGCCAGACCUCGCGACUGGUCAUGCUCCUCAAGGAUGAGCACCAGAAACUAUGGGAUAUCGCAUAUGAAGUUGCAAGCUCAACCGUUCCUCCAGAAGUGUUUGACAAAGUCUACAAACCACGGAUCGCCAUGUUUCGCGGGGCAUAUGGGACGGUGCUAUUUUACGAGGACCCUGCACCGAUACGACCCCUAGAAGAAAAGUGGCCGAUGCUGAAAGACAAGUUUCCGCAGUGGUCUGAACAUGCCAGUGCGAUGAAUCAAUAUGCGCUUUGGACGCUUCUGGAAGCAGAAGGGCUUGGAUGUAGUCUCCAGCACUACAACCCGAUGUUUGAUGACCCCGUCGCCGAGCAAUGGAACAUUCCCGCGGAUUGGAGUCUUAAAGCGCAGUUGGUCUUUGGGAAACCGAUCGGUGGGCCUCGCGAAAAGACUUUUGAGCCUGUGAGCCAGAGGCUGUUUGUGCAUGGGAAGUAG